GAGGAGACUUAUCUGAAAUGGGUCCAAUACAAAGAAGACUGUGUCAAAAUGAUAGAGAGAGAGCCGCUCCCUCAAGCAGGCUUGUUCUGUAACCGGACAUUUGACAGAUAUGCCUGCUGGCCAGAUACUCCUGCCGGCUCUGUGGUCAACAUCUCAUGUCCUUUCUACCUGCCCUGGUAUGACAAAGUGUCCCAGGGUGUCGUGCGUCGACUGUGUGGCACUGACGGCCUCUGGGUGAGAGACGACAUUGGAGAGGUGUGGAGAGACAUGACUGAGUGUGAGGAAGAGAAAGAGGUCACGUCUCAGGAGCUGUGGUUCAAAGAACUGAUGGUGAGCUUCAGGAUGUUGUACACUGUCGGCCAUUCCUUGUCCCUCUUCACACUCGUGACUGCUCUUAUCGUUCUUCUGAGCUUUAGGAAACUGCAUUGCACCAGGAACUACAUUCAUGCUAACCUCUUCCUGUCCUUCAUACUGCGAGCUGUAUCUGUCAUUAUCAAAGACACCAUGCUGGACCGCCACUGGGGACGAGAAAUCAUGAAACAGACCGAUGCUGCUAUUGGCUGCAGGGUAGCUCAGGUAAUGAUGCAGUACUGUGUCCUGGCCAAUCACUACUGGUUCUUUGGAGAGGCAAUUUAUUUGUACUCUGUGCUUAUUGCCUCAGUGUUCAUCGACAACAACAAAUACUUACCUUACAUCUGUCUUGGCUGGGGAUCUCCACUUCUAUUUGUGGUUCCCUGGGUAGUGAUGAAGCAAUUGAAAGAAAACAAAGAGUGUUGGGCUGUCAAUGAGAACAUGAACUACUGGUGGAUCAUUCGUUUCCCAAUUCUUUUUGCUUCAAUAAUCAACUUUCUGAUUUUCAUGAAGGUGCUGAGGGUCAUUUUUUCCAAAUUACGAGCCAGCAACCAGACAGGAGACCCUGAAUACAAACUUCGGCUUGCCAAGGCAACCCUUACCCUCAUCCCUCUGUUUGGGGUUCACGAGGUCAUAUUUAUCUUUGCAACAGAUGAGCAGACAACAGGUGUUCUGCGCUAUGUUAAAGUCUUCUUCACCCUUUUUCUCAAUUCGUUUCAGGGCUUUCUGGUGGCUGUGCUCUACUGCUAUGCCAAUAAAGAGGUUAGGGCCGAGCUGAAGAGAAAAUUACGCAGCUGGAGGAUAGAGGCCCAGGUUGUAUGCUGUGGACAGUGACUAGCCGUCCUUGACUCCCGAGUGGACACUUUAUCCAUCGCCACGGCGCCAGAGCGCAACAGAUCCUCUGCCACAACAAUAAGAGCAGUGCCUGAUGGUUCACCCACUCUGGAGAGUUCAACAAUUUUUAGACGGCAAGUUCAGCCAACGUCCCCACAGCCUGACGCUUCUUUGCUGCACUGUCCAUCAGUGGUACGCAGAGACGACACCCUGCAGCAUGGGGCUCAGCAUGACGCUGGACAAUCGUCUGUGGCGAUGUCCUUCGUCAUUCACCUACCAGAUCCUGUGGAGUUACUCCCACAUGUUGUAAAUAUAGACUCAGAUUGAAUACAUUUUUACAUGCACUGUAUUUAAAGAUUAUUUGCGGUUUGCUGUAGAUAUGUAAAACUGUACAUAAGUAACUGUUAUUAUGUAAAUUGUAAAUCUGUUGUGAAUAUGUGGAUAAGUAUUUGUGAUCAUUUAAAACUUGACACACC